GCUCUGUGCCUCUGCAAAACACUUUUGUCCAAACUCUAUCUUAGAUAAUGAAGGUCUCUAGUCGUUUGAUCUCAGCCCUUCUCCUAUUGUUCAUGAUCCUUGCCACAGGGAUUGGUCCGGUCACGGUAGAGGCACGGACGUGUGAAACGAGUAGCAACUUGUUCAAUGGACCAUGUCUGAGCUCAAGCAAUUGCGCUAAUGUUUGCCACAAUGAAGCUAUGUCUUCCGUGUUGCUACUUCUUCUGGUUUUCGUGUUUGAUCUCAUUGCUUUUGGUCUUGCUGUUGCUGCAGAGCAACGAAGAACCACCUGGCAAAUUUCUAGAGAAUCAAGAGAUUUAAGCUACUGUGUGUAUGACAAGGAUAUAGCAACGGGUCUCGGACUCGGUUCUUUCUUGAUCUUAUUAGCGAGUCAGCUCUUAAUAAUGGUGGCGAGCCAAUGUUUGUGCUGUGGAAGACCAUUGACACCAAGUGGGUCAAGAUCUUGGGCAAUUUUUCUCUUCAUCACCACUUGGGUUUUCUUCUUCAUAGCACAAGUGUGUUUACUUGCUGGCUCUGUACGAAACGCUUACCAUACAAAGUACCGUGUCUACUUUGGAAACACUUCUCCUUCUUGUCGAUCACUCAGAAAAGGCGUGUUUGGGGCUGGAGCAGCAUUCAUAGUGCUCACGGGGAUUGUCUCCGAGCUUUACUAUGUGACCCUUUCGAGGGCCAAAGACUUUCAGCCUCCUAGAGAUCCCGAAUUAGAAAUCUGGUUGAUUUAGAAUUAGGCCAUUGUUGUUGUGAUGUUAUUGUCUGAAUCAAUGUGUUCUUGUUUGUAUAUGAGAAAUAGAUUCAAGUUUUACGCUGAUGUGAUUUAUGUCUCUUUAGUACUUUUUUUCCUUGGAGAUUUUGUGUUUUCUUGUUAGAGUUUAGCCUCUGGUCACAAUAAUAACUCAUAAAUUCUGUG